AUGGGCGAUUACCAAUCAGAUUCAACUGAGCCCUCCGUGGCGCCAUUUGCUGUUGCGAAGCAGGUUUCAGACGGACUCGCUGACGGCCAGAGCGGUGUUCUUUACCGGCAGCUUCGUCAGAAGCCCCUCAAUAUCGUGGGGGCACGAGGAAGCUACCUGGUAACAGAUACCGGGCUUGAAAUUCUGGAUGCUACAUGCGGUGCUGCAGUGUCUUGCCUUGGUCACCAUGAUAAGCGUGUGCAUGAGGCUAUUCAAGAGCAGCUGCAGAAAGUUUCCUACUGCUACUCGCUAUACUUUACAAACAGUGCCAUGGAAAACCUCUGCAAGUUUUUAGUUGAUUCGACUGGCGGUAAAAUGACCCGAGCGUUCAUUGUCGCGUCAGGCACCGAAGCCGUCGAAGCAUCGCUCAAGAUGGCGGUUCAAUAUUUCAUGGAGCUUCCCACGCCACAGCCGCAGCGCGCUAAUUUCAUUGCUCGCAAGCAGUCUUACCAUGGCAAUACACUUGGUUCGCUUUCUGUUGGUCACCACAUCGGCCGCAGGUCACUUUAUGAGAAGGUCCUUGCGAAGAAUGUUUCCCACGUUUCACAAUGCUAUCCGUACCGAGACAUGAAAGCCGACGAGACCGUUGAGAGCUAUGUCGGAAGACUUGCACAGGAACUGGAAGAUGAGUUUCAAAGAGUCGGACCUGAUACCGUUUGCGCCUUCGUAGCGGAGACAAUGGCUGGCGCAACACUGGGAUGCAUGCCUGCCCUUCCUGGUUAUUUGAAAGCCAUGAAAGAAGUAUGCCAGCGCCACGGCGCUCUGCUCAUCUUGGAUGAAGUGAUGUCUGGUAUGGGUCGAACAGGAACACUUCAUGCAUGGGAGCAGGAGGAUGUUGUUCCAGAUCUUCAAACUAUUGCCAAGGGCCUCGGUGGAGGCUAUGCGCCAAUUGCUGGCCUUCUCAUCAAUCAACAUGUGGUCGAUACCUUGACAAGGGGCACCGGGGUCUUCUCUCAUAGCCAAACUUACCAAGGUCAUCCUGUUUCAUGCGCAGCUGCUUAUCGAGUACAAAGGAUCAUCCAAGACGAUAAUCUUCUUCCUAAUGUCCGUGAAAUGGGCGCUUACCUAAGUCAACUCCUGCAUGAAAAGCUGGGUGAUCAUCCUCACGUCGGUGAUAUUCGAGGCCGAGGACUGUUUUGGGCUAUUGAAUUUGUCAAAAAUAAGGACACAAAAGAACCCUAUCCACCAUCACAAGGUGUUUCAUGGACGCUGCAUACAACUGGACUCAAGCCGGAAUACGCGGUGUCUUUGAUUCCGGGAAGUGGGUGUGUAGACGGCAUCAAUGGUGAUCAUGUCUGCGUGGCCCCUGCAUAUAACACGACCAAAGCCGAGAUUGAGUUGAUUGUUGAUCGCCUUUCUCGAGUUGUAUAUGAUGCCUUGGCACAGUAA